AUGACAUCCCAUGGCAAUUCCGUAAUUAUUUCGGAAACUGACAAUUUAGAUAGCAGUUCACUGGAACUUGUAUCCACUGUUGGAAUUGGGCAACACGAACCGGUGCAGCAGCAUGAAGAUGGUGAUACUUCGAGGAUGAGUUAUACUACAGUUCCAUUAGAAGUACUGGAGGUAGCCGGUAUCGAUAUUGAGAAUUCAGGUGAAUUAACUGAAGAACAAAUAAAUACAAUCAUGGCGCUGAUUGGACCAAGUGGUGCAACUCAGCAGCAUAAUUUGAAACAAGAGCAGGUUGAUAUACCGCAGUCAUAUGCUAAUAAUGCGCCCAGCUCUUCAUCUGAAACAGGAGAUCGUUUAACGCUGUACAUUCUGGAUGAUGGUUCAUUGAAGCUUACAGAUGCCGCACUUCAGAAGGAAUUUUUUUUUACACAAAGGGACUUAGCAUUGCACAACAUUGAUGUUGAUAAUUUAACUGAUGAAACUUUGCAAAAGAUCAUUCAGAUCGCGAUGGAAUCAAACGAAGUCGUAGUAAUGAAAAGGCGAAGAAUAGAAGAUGUUAACUGUGUGGAAUUUACUGGAUCAAGUUUUUUAGCUAAUACUUCGAUGGAAUCAUCCUCAUCUGCUUCUUCAAAAAGGGCACUCGUCGCUGAAGAGCAUCAUGUCGAAUCGCAAAUGUCGUUAAUAGGUACUGAAGUUGAAAUUAAACGACAUGGUAAAAUAUAUUCCGCCACAAUUAAGUACUGCAGGCAAAGUGGAGGGUAUAAAGUGCAGUUCAGCGAUGGUCAUUUCGAAUGGGUUAGUGAAGAUGAAAUACGUUUACUUCAUGACGAAAAUCCUGGGAAACACAGCGACCAUGAGUCCUAUAGUGAAAGGGCAGGAACUGUAUAUUCCGGUGAUGCAAUAUCAAAAAAUAUUGACGACCAAAGAUUCAUUCCGCAGAUUCCGGGUAUCAAAGUUACACCAACGAAUGGUUGUCGUAAACAAGAAGAGCCAAAUUUUUGCUGUGUUGUGUGCGAUCAGAAAGUUUAUCAAAGGGAACCACAGUACAUUGUAAUACGAAUUCCUGCUUGUGACAGAUGUGCUGAGCAAAAGAUGAUUUUGCUAGAUGGUACCACAAAAUAUUGCGAGGCACAGACGUGUGCCAGUGUUCUGAAAAAUGAUCUUCGUAUUACUACCGUUCCAAAGGAUGAACAGAGAAGAAGCUAA